CACAGGUUGAACUGCUAUGGAAUAUGAUGAGAAGUUGGCCCGCUUCCGACAGGGCCACCUCAAUCCGUUCAACAAGGCCCCGCUGCGAAGCCCCCCGGACACCAAGACUGCAGGGACCGAAGAAGAGUUUCCGCGGGAAGACCUGAGUCUGGGAUUGUCCCCCGAGGAGCCUGUGUUCCAGUACACGGAGCGCACGAUGGAUCUGGGACUGGCAGAAGACCACUUCUCGCGCCCAGUGGGCUUCUUCGUGGCCUCAGACAUUGAGCAACUGCGCCAGGCUAUUGAGGAGUGCAAGCGCAGGAUCCUGGACCUUCCGGAUAACUCAGAGAAGCAAAAAGACGCUGUGGUGCGGCUUAUUCACCUGCGUCUCAAGCUGCAGGAGCUGAAGGACCCCAGUGAGGAUGAGCCCAACAUUCGGGUGAUCCUGGAGCAUCGCUUCUACAAGGAGAAAAGCAGCAAGAGCGUGAAGCAGACAUGUGACAAGUGCAGCACCAUCAUCUGGGGUCUCCUCCAGACCUGGUAUACCUGCACAGGUUGCUCCUACCGCUGCCACAGCAAGUGCCUGAACCUCAUCACCAAGCCCUGCGUGCGCUCCAAGGUCAGCCACCAGGCAGAGUAUGAGCUCAGCAUUUGCCCGGAGACGGGGCUCGACAGCCAGGACUACCGCUGUGCCGAGUGCCGGGUGCCGAUCUCUCUCCGGGGUGUUCCGAGUGAAGCCCGGCAGUGCGAUUACACCGGCCUUUAUUACUGCAGCAACUGCCACUGGAAUGACCAAGCGGUCAUCCCUGCCAGAGUCAUCCACAACUGGGAUUUCGAACCGCGCAAGGUCUCUCGGUGCAGCAUGCGCUACCUUGCGCUGAUGGUGUCGCGGCCGGUACUCAAACUGCGUGAGAUUAACCCUCUUCUCUUCAACUACGUCGAGGAACUGGUGGAGAUCCGGAAACUGCGCCAGGACAUCCUGCUUAUGAAACCAUACUUCAUCACCUGCAAAGAGGCCAUGGAGGCUCGGUUGCUACUCCAGCUGCAGGACCGUCAACACUUUGUGGAGAACGACGACAUGUACUCCCUGCAGGACCUGGUCGACGUCAAUGCGGGGCGCCUCAGCUGCUCCCUGACGGAGAUCCACACCCUCUUUGCCAAGCACAUCAAACUGGACUGUGAGCGGUGCCAAGCCAAAGGCUUUGUGUGUGAGCUCUGCAAGGAAGGGGACGUCCUAUUCCCUUUCGACAGCCACACGUCAAUGUGCAUGGACUGCUCUGCCGUUUUCCACAGGGACUGCUACUAUGACAACUCCACAACGUGUCCCAAAUGUACUCGGCUCAAUCUGAGGAAGCAGUCUCUGCUCAGGGACCCCAGCAUGGAGCUGCAGGCAUAGAGGUGCCUUUCUGCAGUCAGAGAGGGAGAAGACGUGCCAAGGAACCUGGCUUCAGCUGUACUCGCCUGGGAGGUGGCCAGCCCAAAACCAGCAAGGAGGGGAACCUUUCAGAGGAGUGGAUCUGGGAAUGUGCUCCCCAGAGCUGGAAAAUGAGGCAGCAGGGCAGGAGCUGAUCCUUGAUCCCAGGCUCAGCUUUAGUGGACAACUCAUCCAGAAUGCUGCAUGUGGGCUGGACACUGAAGACUCAUCCUGGCAAGAAUUCUGUGGCUUAGAUCAAGAGGCGGCUGUCCUCCAGGACUCGGGCUUUUGGGAAUGAGGAGAUCAGCCACAUAUUGUGGCAAUUAAUCUUGGUAGCACAGCUAUGGAGGAAGGGCUGCCUGGCUCUGAUUUCCAAGGCUUCCCUCAGCAGUUGUUUAUUCACACUGCCCGUCUGCUGGCACAUGACUCUGGAGAGUGCCACAGUGGCCUGCCUUCCAGACAGUGGUAAUAAUGAGCAAGGAAGAUGUUUUAAUUUCAGUUGGCUAAUCAGACACCUACAAGUCAUUCCUUCUGACUCGGAUGCCUAGCAGUGCAUCAGAGAUGAGCCAAGGGUGCUCCUUCCCCCCCCUUCCAGGCCUGGGGGGCGCCUGGCAGUGGUACAUCCAAGAACUGGGUGAAAUUUGGAACAACAACCCCUGACAGCUGGUGGGAAGCGAAAGCAGGGCACUUAAGCCACAGUAAUUUAUCACGAGCACUAAAAUCACUUGAAAUAAAGCCGUGUGUAACUCUCA